AUGUCUCUGGAGGGCAGGCGCGAUGGAUUGGUGCACGGAAUGUUCGAUCGACGGGAUCGUCAUCGGCCGAAGUCCACGGUAUAUGGAAUCUCCACCAAGCCACCAAGAUUCUCACUGAACCUUUUCGUGGUGGCUACCCCCAUCCUCUUGGGUCUCAGCCUUGCGUUCCAGGGCGCGUACACCGCUGAGGUGGGCCUUCGAAGUGCCGUAGUGCCACUGGUAUAG